CUUCAAUAUCCGAUAAUAUAUCUUCUUCACCUCCUCCGUAUAUCCCACGAGUCUAACGCUUUUCCUAGGGUUUCAUCUUCCGAUGCCGAUCACUCCGCUAUUUCCCGAUUUACAUGGCGAUCUAAUCUGCAUUUUCUGAAGAAUCAUAUUUUUUUAUACUUGUAUUUCUCUGCUCGCCUUCUUCCUGCGCUCUGUGCAUAUUUUCGAUUCUGCUGAAGAAAAAUUCGAAUCAAAAUUGGAGAUUUGUGAAUCGAAGAGCAUCGAACGAUGCAUUCGGUGCCUUCUCCCGAUCUACUUCUACCCACGCGCUCGUACGCCACCUCCUUCCAUGGCGGCUCGUCUUCUCAUCGUCUGAAACAUCUGCAGAAAAGUGAUCGGCGUGGUAAUCUUAGUAGUUAACGUUUUGCCAUUUUAGUUUUUGUUAGGAUCGAUUUUGGUUCAUCGACGUUUUUUACGCACUAUUUUGUCAAUUUGCGAUUCGUUCACGUAUUUUACUGAUAAGUUUGGGUGAGGAGAUAAAUCUGCUAGGAAAUUGAGAUAUUUUUGAUUUGCUGUUGGUUGGAUAUCGUUUCGAGUGUAUUGUAACUAACGAGGAUUUGUGUGGAGUGCGCUUGGAUCAAUACAGCUCUUCUCUUCAGUUGUUUUUGUUGUAGAUGGAAGUAUAUGCUCCUUGUAAUUCGUCGGCUUGUCUAGAAAUAAGCAGCAACUGUGGAUCUUCAAUAGGUCCACACAAUCUAAUUCCGGAUGACAAAGGUCUUUCCAUGGUUGACCUUAAAACUAGUUUGAAUGAAGUUCUGAAUAUCGAAGACGUUAAAAAAUCAACGAGUGGAUUUAACAUAUCUUCUGAGGAAAUUGAAAUAGGGAAUACGGGGGAAGAACAUGAAUCCACAGAACUGGACAAAAGUGCAUCUGCUAAUUCAGCUCAGGAGAAAUACUUUAGCAAGUGUGCUACAUUUCCGGUUCGUGGUGGGCCCAAAUCCUCCGGAGAUGCAUUUGUGGGUGAGAAAGGAAAGCAGAGCAAUGAUUUAACUACUGAAGUCUCUGAAGUAAAUAGCCCUGCUAUACCUUGCAAUGGGUGCCAUUCACGCUCAAUGUCGCUACCUAUUCUUUCAGCCAUGAAAGGUAGCCGUGAAAAGCAAGGUACAACACCAACUAAGAAGCUGUCUGUAACGUGGGCCCCGGAUGUGUACGAUCCAGUUCCGACUUCAGUGUCGCAUUUUCCAUCAAAUAAGAAUCAGCGCAGAAAGUCUGGAAAGUACAAACAGAAGGGUAAAUCUUCACGAGGGAGCAGCAAAGGCAAAGACAAGAAGCAAGGUCGGAAAAAUGGAGGGAGUUCCUCCUCCACUAAUAAGCUGAAGCCUUUCCACGAAGAGAGUGGGGUCAGUUUUGUCGAGACUCAGGCUGUAGAUUUUCAUGUUGGGAAUCCGGAUCAGUUCUGUGGGAAUAGUUUUAUGAAGAACUCUAUGGCGGAGUUGCGCUUUCCGGUUGCUGAGGCUACUUGAAUGAAUGGCUUUUGUUUCCCUACUUGGUGUAAAUAAAUAAUAAGAGGUGAGAUCUUGUUGACCCGUGAGACUUUCAAGAGAUUGUGGAAAAUGUUUUGUUACCUUUUGUUUGAGCAUGGAUCAAGAUGAUUUUAUGUGUUGUUUAAAUUUCCUGUAUUUUAGUUCAUUGGAUUUAUAAGUCGGUCUUA